AGUUCAUCCACUUUGACCCUAUUUUCCGAAGGUGACCUCAUUACAUUGUGUUGUAUAUAUAUAUAUAUAUAUAUAGCUGCCGCCGCUGUGUGAUAUAUGUGUUAAAUGCAGCUUUUGACAUGAAUUAUGUUAAUCCUCCGAAUCUACUGGUUAUCGCUAGUGUUUCCCGCUAUUCACGGCUUUACGUGGUAUUCCAUCCUGCCAUGGGAGACGUGCAGUAAAGCGUGGAUCACAUUGGACACAGACGGACUCGCUCAUGACCUAGAAAAGAAUGUUUUUGGUCAACACAUUGUGCGUACUGUCGUACUUCGAUCUGUGUCACGACAUAUAAACAAUCGUAAUCCAGACAAGGCACUGGUACUUUCAUUUCAUGGUUGGGGAGGAAUUGGUAAGACGUACGUGAGUCAGUUUCUUGCCAAAAAUCUCUAUAAAGAGGGUACGAGAAGCAAGUUUGUACAUCUGAUAACAUCGUCUGACUACCCCCAUUCUAAGAAACUAGAUGAUUACAAGGAUGAACUACGAUCACGUAUUAUGGAGGCAGGGAAAUUGUGUGACAGACAGCUAUUUAUAUUUGAAGACAUGGACAAGAUGCCGCCUGGACUGAUCGACGUACUUAAACCGUUUAUUGACAAUUAUCCCGAAUAUUUCAGCGUCGACUACAGAAAGAACAUAUUCGUAUUUACAAGUAACAGCGGUGGUCAUAUUAUUAAUAACAAGGUCUUCGAAAUGUGGAAGCAAGGCACACCGAGAGAACACAUCACAGAAUACGAUUUGCAUGAAGUUAUUCGCAAGCAUAUAUUCAAUAUGGAUGGUGGGUUAUGGCACAGUGAUUUGGUUGAACAGAAUUUGAUCGACUCUUUCGUGCCGUUUCUACCACUGGAAAGAAUCCAUGUUAAAGAAUGCAUCCGUGAAAAAUUACGAGAACGGGGCUACCUAUAUAAACUGAAGAACAUCGAAGAAGUUAUCGCCACAAUUGCAGACCAGCAUCAGUAUUUCCCAAAUGAUUCUGAAUUGUAUUCCUUAGCGGGUUGCAGGAGAGUAAAACAAUUAAUUGAUUUAAAUAUUCCACCAGACGUAAAUGACGAGUUAUAGCAAUAAUGUGGUGGUGAGGAUUAUAAUUCAUCGGUGAAGGAAGUUUCAGGAGCAAUAUUGGAAGCCGAGAUGCAACAUAUACUUAUAUUUUUAUUAUUUUAUCAUCAUGUGUGUAAAAUGUAUUAUUACACUAUUUCUUGUGGCAGUAUAUCAUUUUAUUCAUCUUUCGAAUGUCGAAUGCGCACAAUUAUUGUACCUCAACCAUGAGUUAAAUUUAGUGUCUACAGAUUGAUUAAUAGCACAACCGAACUUUGUAAUGUAGGCAAAAACUUAGUUGAAAACCUUUUCAAACUGGUCAAAAUCCAAUCUGUAACCGCAAAAUAACCAUAAAACAUAUGUGAACACACAUUUUUAUGUGCUGAGAAGUUGAGAUUGGGAGAAUUUGCAAUGACAUUUUAAUAUAUGCGAUUUAAAAUAAUUAUAAUAAUUCAGGAAAUAGUGUGUAAACUACUAACAUCAUAAGCUUGCAUGAAUCUAUCAGAUAGACUCAUAUAUGUACGCAACACAGUAGUAUUCAUUCAUUAUCUUAAUGUCAUACACAUUAGAUCGUUUUAAAAAUCUGUUAUUCCUUUAUAGAUUUGAUUAAUAUUUAUUUAAUUGCGGGCAAUCUAGUGGCCGUAUGUAGUAUGUAGAAAAAUUGCCGUUUGUACAUAAGUACCAAGAAACUGAAUAAUGUAUUUAAAAUAUACUGAUGUAAACACACUAUCAAAUCAUCUUUGUUGUAUACAAAUUAUACA